GAGAUGUCUACAAACAAGUAACUUUUGCAGAUACUCUUGAAUAUAUCCAAAAUAUAGUAGCACAAGCAACAGAGGAAUUUGUAGCUACAGAAGUAGAAAAAAGAAUAACAAAAAGUAUAGAUGAGGCUAGACAAAGUCUGGUUGCAAAAGAAGAAAUGGAACUACUAAUAGAACACCGCAUGAAAGAACUAAAGCUAUAUAUCUGA